CAGGAGGGAGAAUCAAUAACCCUACUAUAAAAGAUGCCUCUGCCUUCAGAUAUCUCACUCAACAUUUGAAGAUCCUCCUCAUACCAAAAUGGAGAACAAAAGAAAGACUUUACUGUUGCUGCUGCUGCUCAUGGCUGCACCAUUCUUCGACAUGCCAAAUGUGUCGGAUGCUGCUUCUGAUGUCAACUUUGAAGGCCAUCUCACCCAUUCUGAGCUCGUGAAAGGACCCAUCAGAAAGUUUUUGUCAUUUGUGGAUUGUGGAGAUAGGUGCAGAGUGAGAUGCAGUUUGCAUUCGAGGCCAAAGAUCUGCGGAAGAGCUUGUGGGACAUGCUGUUCAAGGUGCAACUGUGUUCCUCCAGGCACUUAUGGGAACAGAGAGGUGUGUGGGAAGUGUUACACAGACAUGAUGACUCAUGGAAACAAACCUAAGUGUCCCUAGAACACACUUGGAUCUCUACUUUUCACUGCAUAAUGCAUUAUGUAUUUCAUACUUCAGUUUUUGUAUCUGCCUGCUGUUCCUUAAUUAUCUCAAUCAAUGUAUCAGUUAUGGAUAUAGAUCUUCCUCGUCUGUUUAUGGAUCAAACGAAACAAUGCUUUCUGAUAUUUUAA